ACCUGUAGGGGGCGCUGCUGGAUGUUAAGACUGUACGCAGUGUUUCUGUCUCUGGUCUUCAUGACCGAACUCAUCGCUGGAAUCUCUGGAUUCGUCUUUCGCCACGAGAUUAAAGAGACGUUCCUGACGACGUACAGCGAGGCCGUGAUGAGAUACGAUGGACGAGACGACAGGAGUCUGGCCGUGGACGGAGUUCAACGUAGAUUGCUGUGCUGUGGAGUCCAUAACUACACCAGUUGGUUGAGCUCUCUUUAUUUCCCCGUCGGAGGGAUUCCCUCCAGCUGCUGCGUCACUUUCUCCGACUGCAGCGCCGCCGACCUGAAGGACGCAACAAUGGCCGCUCGUAAAGUCCACAAACAGGGUUGUUAUGAGUUGGUGACGUCGGUCAUUGAGGGAAACUUAGGAAUCAUCGCUGGAGUGACGUUCGGAGUCGCCUUCUCUCAGCUGAUAGGAGUGUCUCUGGCCUGCUGCCUGUCUCGCUUCAUCAACGCCAACCAGUACGAGAUGGUGUGAGACAGAAGAGAGACGAGGUUCCCGCAUGAAGCUUCACCACCAAACACUAAAACUGAUCAAUAAUCAAUCACCUUCACCUCAUGGUACUCAGUAGUACUCAUAAGUACACAUAUUUGUACUUGUUUAUGAGUUUGUGUUGAUGCUGUGAAACAUCGUGUGGUGAGAAAAUAAAAGUCAAAAAGUCA